AUGAUCUACACUACGCUUCUCCUCUCGCUGGCCGCCCCCAUCCUCGCCUCCAACUACACCUUUCCUACUGGCUUUAACCUUGGCCUCGUCACCCAACAGGAUAGGUCUGCUUGGUGUCUUGGACAGACCAAUGCCUGCCCUCAGAUUUGCGGCGGUGCUGCCAGCGCCAAUCGCUGUGACCGCACCACUCUUGACUUCAGCUGCACCUGCGCCAACGGUACAGACGCCAAUGUAGAGCCCUACAUGAACACCAUCCCCUACUAUGUUUGCCAGGCCAACUACGGCCAGUGCAUCAACCUCUCAACCACCCAGGACGGUGAUGAUCUUUGCACAGAGGGUCUGAACUCGUGCGGCACUUUGAACGCCUCUGCGCCUACCACCACUUCGUCCUCGACCACCAGUAGUACUACCUCGGAGCCAACCGAGACCAGCACUUCCACCAACGAGGAUGAGGCUACAAGCACGCCCACCACUACGGACUCGGCUGACAGCCCCGAUGAGACCGAUGGGGCAAUGAGCUUGAUGCAGAACUUUGGGUUGGCUGGAUUUGCGACCGUGGUGGUUGUCGCUUUCGGCAUGUUGUAA